AUGACCGAUAAAUCAGAAUUUCAAGCCGUGGAGAACCAAACCAACUUGACAAAGAAGAACGUCAACAACCCUUACGCAGGCGUAGACAGCUUCUUAAGUAACGUUUCCAACUUCCAGAUCAUUGAAUCCACUUUAAGAGAGGGUGAACAAUUUGCAAAUGCCUUCUUCGACACUGAAACUAAGAUUAAGAUCGCCAAGGCUUUGGAUGCGUUCGGUGUCGACUACAUCGAGCUCACCUCUCCAACGGCUUCCGAGCAAUCCAGAAAGGAUUGUGAGGCUAUCUGCAACCUGGGAUUGAAAUGCAAAAUCCUGACUCACAUAAGAUGUCACAUGGAUGACGCUAGAGUCGCCGUUGAAACGGGUGUUGAUGGUGUCGAUGUUGUCAUUGGUACUUCAUCCUUUUUAAGGGAAUUCUCUCACGGAAAGGACAUGUCAUACAUCACUAAAUCUGCCAUUGAGGUUAUCGAGUUCGUAAAGUCAAAGGGCAUUGAGAUUAGAUUCUCAUCCGAAGAUUCGUUCAGAUCGGACAUUGUUGACCUCUUGUCCAUUUACAGAACUGUUGACAGAAUCGGUGUUAACAGAGUUGGUGUUGCUGAUACUGUCGGUUGCGCUUCCCCACGUCAAGUUUACGACUUGGUGAGAACUUUGAGAGGUGUCGUCAGCUGCGAUAUCGAGACUCACUUCCACAAUGACACCGGUUGCGCUAUUGCCAACGCAUAUGCUGCUUUGGAAGCAGGUGCAACUCACAUUGACACUUCCGUUCUCGGUAUUGGUGAGCGUAACGGUAUCACUCCGCUCGGUGGUCUGAUGGCUAGAAUGUAUGCUUCUGACCCUGAGUACGUCAAGGCAAAAUACAACCUCCCAGCCUUGCGUGAAAUUGAGAAUUUGGUAGCAAAGGAAGUCGAGGUUAACAUUCCAUUCAACAACUACAUCACCGGUUUCUCAGCCUUCACCCACAAAGCUGGUAUUCACGCAAAGGCAAUUCUCAACAACCCAACCACUUAUGAAAUCCUCAAGCCUGAAGAUUUCGGUAUGACGAGGUAUGUGUCGAUUGGACACAGAUUGACCGGAUGGAACGCUGUCAAGUCGCGUGUCGAUCAACUAAACCUUCCAUUAUCAGACGAGCAAGUCAAAGAUGCCACACAAAAGAUCAAGCAGCUGGCUGAUGUCAAGUCGCAGAUGUCUAUGGAUGACGUCGACAAUAUACUACGUGUGUAUCACGCCUCAAUUGAAGCAGGCGAACCAGGUCAAUCGCCAGAAUUCAACAAGCUGAUAGAGAGAGCUCAGUAG